GCACUUUAACAGUGCACUCGCAAUGCUUUUAACGUAUUCGUGCUUGGCCUGGCAAAAUGUUUCUUGACAUAAUCAAGCAUUAAUUCGCAUAAAUAACAGUCAGUCACUUUAUAUUAACGAUAUUUUGUAUUGUUAUUAAAAAAUACCAGUAUAUCGUAGCGCUGCAACACAGCAUCGCCGCAAUGUAUUCAGUACUGAGUGGGCUCCACAAAUGGCGCCUUUAAUGGAGUACCGAACUGCAUCACGGGAUUGACUGUCCUAUCCUUCUUUAUAUAGUCCUAGGGAUCCAACAGAUUUUCUGUUACAAUCUGAAGAUGAGCUCCCAGCAAUUUCCAAGGUCUGGAGUUCCAGCAUCUGGCUUGGGGUCAGCACAAACAAUGGGAGGCAACACUGGCCUGGCCCCUGGAAACCCUCAGAGCACAGGGAUGGGGGACGAAGGUAGCCGGGAUUCAGACCAUGGCCCUCGUGAUCACUCUUCCACUGGCGGGGGCUCCUUACCCUUACGAGAUGAGAAGCAGGAGACGGUGGUGGUGAGACCCUACCCACAGGUCCAAACUCAUGGACAGCCUCUAACACUGGCUCAGCACCACACAUUACCAACAGGCACGGCCGUCACCGUCACUGCCCCUCCUGCUCACCUCACUCAAGCCAUGCCCCUGUCCUUCCCUGAGGGGCUCAUGAAGUUUUGGCAUACUGGACAAGAGCUGUCUGGGACAAGGACACUGUCGUACGAUUCCAUGACUGUCCCAGUGAAUGAGGAUGGGCGGUUACCCUAUCAGCCUGCCCUGAAGCCUACAAUGCCUAGCCGCCCCAUUGCCCCAGCACCAGCCUCCAUUCAGGGUCACCUUCCCAUGCCUCCCAAAGUCUCCGGUCAUGUCACCGUUACCAUGGAGAGCAGCAUGCCUCAGGCCUCCGCCAUUCCUGUGGCAACCAUCAGCGGGCAGCAGGGUCACCCCAGUAACCUGCAUCACAUUAUGGCAGCCAACAUGCAGAUGUCCAUCAUCCGGAGCAGCACCCCUGGACCUCCUCUGCACAUUGGACCUUCAGCAGCACCCCAGCACACCUUCACCUCCCACUUACCCAGAGGAGCGGCAGCUGCAGCAGUGAUGUCCAGCUCCAAAGUGACCACAGUGCUGCGACCAGCCUCUGGACCCAGCACCGGGACAGGACAAGCCACAGUGCAACACAUCAUUCACCAGCCAAUCCAGUCUCGCCCUGCUGUGACCACGUCCACAGCAGUGCCACCCACUGUUGUGGCGACAGUCUCUGCGACAAGGGCCCAGUCUCCAGUGAUCACUACCGCCACGGCGCACAUUGCCGACACAGGGUAUGGGCGACCAUCGCUGACCAUCCAUCCUCCCCCAGCCACCAUCACUAUCCAGCGACAAACGCAACCCAGAGAUGCAGCCACACGCAUCACCCUGCCUUCACACCCUGCCCUCGGGGCCCAGAAGCCACAGCUCCACACCAUGGCACAGAAAUCCUCACUUUUCAGCACAGUGACUCCAGUUGCUGCAGCUACAGUGGCACCAAUUCUUACAACCAACACUGUUCCAUCACCUACAACCACAGGCUCCAUGCCCCACACACAGUCUGCAACCAGUACCAUUGUUACCAUGACAAUGCCCUCUCACUCCUCAAAUGCAACAGCAGCCACAACCUCUACAAUCCCAGUGGCUAAGGUGGUCCCUCAGCCCAUUGCUCAUACUUCUCCCCGGAUCCAGCCUGAUUACCAAGGUGAAAGAGGCAACCUCAUUCCCAUUUCAGGUCAUAGGUCAUCGCCAAACCCAGUUGCAAUGGAGGCCAGGAAUGACAACAGGCAACCUAUGCCAGUGCCAGUGCCUAUGCCAGUGCAGUUCCAGUACUUCCAGUACAAUCCAUCUGCAUAUCCACUAGCUCACACCUACACACCCAUCACCAGCUCUGUCUCCACCAUCCGCCAGUUUCCAGUUUCUGCUCAAGCUCCCAGUUCAGCCAUCCCUGCACAGGCUGGUGUAGGGGUCCACCUGAACCCCGUGCAGCUAAUGACAGUUGAAGCUUCCCACCGCAUGGGGCUCCAGGCUGCACCAAUCGGCACGCAGGGAAUCCAGACUGCAACAUUGGGUGCACAGGGAAUACAGUCAGCUCCAAUAGGCACGCAGGGGCUCCAUCCUGCAGCACCAAUCGGCACCCAGGGAAUCCAGACGGCACCAAUUGGCUCGCAGCAGACUGAGGCUAAGUCUGUGGUUUUGGCAGACGGUUCCACUCUUGUUGCCAAUCCCAUCAGCAACACGUUCAGUGCCACUCCAGCAGGCGCCACCACAGUGGUGCAGACUCACCCACAGAGCAGCAGCACUAAUGCGCCAACACUGGUCUCCUCCCCGCGCCCCAGCAUUCUUCGCAAGAAACCCACCAAUGAGGGGUCUGCAGUGCGUAAAAGCCUGAUCCCAGUGCAGGCAGGUGAAGCAACCAGCCCGCGGAUAGACAGCACUAUGAGGAGCGCGUCUGGGUCACCGCGACCGGCAGGUGCAAAACCAAAACCAGAGAUCCAAGUAGAGGCUUUGUCCAAUCAGAGCAGUGAGCAGCAGGCAGUCCCGGCCCCUUCCCAGCACCCCUCGCAGACUAUUUCAGCCAUAUUGACAGCGGCCGCACCUCCUUCCCAGCCAAAAGCGGCUCUGUCGGCACUUCCAGCAGCCAUGGCUGUGACCCCGCCCAUCCCUGCCUCAAUGGCCAACGUAGUGGCCCAUCCCACCCAACCAGCAGCGAGUAGUACAGCAGCAUCAGCCGUCAGCUCCGCCUUCCAAGAGAUCAAAAUCAAACAGGAGGUGGAGCCUAUGGAGACAGUGCCCACGCUGCCUCCCACAGUGGCCCCUGCCCUCACCCCAUUUGGCAGCUCUCUGGGGCUCCCUUCAGGGGACGUACCCCCUGGCGCCUCCCCCAGGAAAAAACCUCGCAAGCAGCAGCAUGUCAUCACAGAAGAGAGCGAGAUGAUGGAGACCAAUAGCACGGAUGAGGAGAAAUCCAGUGCCAGGCCCCAUGCAGGCAAGGCUGAGAAACGCAAGUUACCGCCAAAGGAGUACAUAGAUGAGGAGGGCGUACGUUAUGUGCCAGUUCGCCCCCGGCCACCAGUCACUUUGCUUCGCCACUACCGCAAUCCAUGGAAGGCCGCCUAUCACCACUUCCAGAGAUACAGUGACAUUAGGGUGAAAGAAGAGAAGAAGGGCACUAUGCAGGAGAUUGCCAAUCAGAAGGGUGUGGUGUGCAGAGUGCAGGGCUGGAAAAUUCACCUGUGUGCAGCACAGCUUCUACAGCUGACGAACCUGGAGCAUGACGUGUACUGCCGGCUGAGCACGCUGCAGGAGGGGCUCAUUCCCAAGAAAAAAGCAGGAGCAGACGAUGACCUGCACCGGAUCAAUGAGCUCAUACAGGGUAAUAUGCAGCGCUGCAAGCUGGUGAUGGAUCAGAUCACAGAGGCCCGUGAAGCCAUGAUGAAGGUGCUGGACCACAAGGACCGAGUCAUGAAGCUGCUGAACAAAAAUGGCGGGUCCAAGAAGGCGUCUAAACUGAAGCGCAAAGAGAAAGCUUAGCCCCUCAAAGGGGCACUUGCACAGUUCAAGUCUUGUGUUAAAAUGAGGGUUUUAGUUAAAUAUAUACAAAUGUUAAACUAUAUUGGGUCUCAAAGUAUUAUGAAUGGUUCUACAUUCUUGUUUUAACCAGAAACUAUGAUUUAAUAUUCACACACACACACACAUUAUCCUACAAUUCCAUGUGGUUUAGAGUCUGCUUUGUUUUAAUACUGUGCAAUAUUCCAUAACUUAUGGAUUUAUUUGCAGUCAGACUUGUAAAUACAUUUUUCACCAAUGUGAAAAUGAAACUAGCAAUCCCUGCAGUUUUAAAUAAAAAUAAAACUAAUCUGCCAUCUUAGAUAUUUCAUUUUUAAUGAAGGGUCUGCUUUUUCAAUGUUCUGAAUUUUCCAUGUUUCCCUGACUGCUACACUCACUCCUCAACACCUGCACAAAGCUCUGCCUUAUAGCAGUGUACAAACAAUCCUGCAUAUAGCAUUAUAAGCUCUUUCAUUGAAACUGCUGUUGUCUAAUUAUAAGUAUGAGCAGUCUUAAAUAGCUAUAUGGAAAAACUAAAAUAACUUGGAGUCCACAUCUUUACAUGAACAUUCAACUAAAUGCAUUUGUAGUUAUCUAUCUUUGUGCAUAAAAAUAAAAAUGAAUAUUUCACAAAAUCA